UCAUUUUAUCACUUGAUCUGAUCUCUGACACAAUCAUGAACCACUAAAGUUCCACAGGAAGCAAACUUUAAGACAACUUCCCCAAGUUAUUUGACAACCAUUAUUGGUACUAUUUGCUGCUUCUCAGGAGACAGAAUGUACAACACUUCUUGUCAACGCAUCAGCUUUAACUUUGAACACAGAUUCCUGCCUCCCGUUUACAUCUUAGUCUUCAUCGUUGGUCUGGUAGCUAAUGGCUGGGGACUGAAGUGUCUGCUGCAAAAUUGGAAGAAUCUGAGGAUCAUCAACGUGUUUGUUCUCAACCUUGGACUUGCAGAUAUUUUGUACCUGCUCACACUCCCCUUUUUGGUGGUGUACUACUUAAUGGAGAGUAAGUGGAUCUUUGGAGAUGCAUUCUGCAAGAUAACAAGAUUCUGCUUCAACCUGAACUUAUAUGGCAGCAUCGGAUUCCUUACUUGUAUAAGCGUGUACAGGUACCUGGUCAUUGUCCAUCCAAUAAGAGUGAUGGGAAGGAUAACUCUGACUCACUCUGUGGGGAUCUCAGUCAUGGUUUGGCUGUUGGUGAGUGUUCAAAGUCUCCCGGACAUGUUCUUCACUAAAACAUCGGUAAACAGCACUGAGGGAUGUUAUGAUACCACCAAUAAGAUCUAUGUUGAGGAUUAUCUGAAAUACAGCCUAGGAUGGACACUCACUGGGUUUUUUAUCCCAUUGCUCAUCAUACUGGGCUGCUAUGGACAUGUGAUUGUUGUUCUCUGUCGUAGUAAUACCACCGACAAGUUACUGAAACAGAGAUGCUUGAAGUUGUUGUGCAUCUUGAUUCUUCUCUUCUCUGUCUGUUACAUCCCCCAUCAUGUAUUGAAGAACCUCAACCUUUGGUCAAGAGUUCUGCUUAAACAGGGGAUCUGUCGUAAAUGGUCUAAUGGAGUCUACAUUGCUCAUCAGAUAAGUCGUGGCCUUGUGUGUCUGAACAGUGCUCUCAACCCUCUGGUUUACCUCCAUGGAAAGGAAAAUAUUCUCGCUCAGCUCAGACAGCUGCUCCAGCAAACUUGUCUGAUGUUCAGUCAUCCGCCUCCAGCAGGCUCCGGUAGUGUGUCCAUGGCACAAAUCACGGAUGAAGUUUAG